AUGGCACCCAGUUUUGAUUGUGCUUCUAGCCUUCUUUGCACUGAGGAUACCAGUGUUUUCGAUGAUGGUGAGAAUCAGGGUACUGUUGAGGUGUACGAGGAUUCGUGGCGUCCGAGGUUCGAUCAUCGGAGGGGUGGAGAUGACUCUGGUGGCGUUGCUGAUGAGUUGCCAUUACAGAGUGAGGAGUGUUUUGGCCUGAUGUUGGAAAAGGAAUGUCAACAAUGGGUUGGUGAGGAUUACUUUAAUAGGUUUCACUUUGGGGAUUUGGAUUUUGGUGCUAGAAAUGAAGCGAUUGAUUGGAUUCUAAAGGUUGGUGCCCAUUUCGGUUUCGGUCCUUUAUGCAUUUAUCUAUCCAUUAAUUACAUGGAUCGGUUCCUUUCUGCAUAUGAAUUACCAAAAGGUCGAGUUUGGACAAUGCAAUUGUUGGCUAUAGCUUGUUUGUCUUUGGCAGCCAAAUUAGAGGAAACUGAUGUUCCUAUGAUUCUUGAUUUGCAGAUUGGUGAAUCUAAGUUUCUAUUUGAAGCGAAAACUAUUCAGAGAAUGGAACUUCUUGUACUAAGCACAUUGAAGUGGAGAAUGCAAUCAAUUACUCCUUUCUCAUUCAUCGAAUAUUUCCUUACUAAGAUUAAUGAUAGUAAUAAGAGUUCAUUAAGUUCUUCCAUUUCACAAUCCACUAAACUCAUAUCAAACACCGUUAAAGGAAUUGAAUUCUUGGAAUUCAAACCAUCAGAGAUUGCAGCAGCAGUGGCUACAUAUGUUGUAGGGGAAACCCAAGCAAUUGAUGCUAGCAAAUCAAUUUCGACUCUGAUUCGAUACAUGGAAAAGGAGAGAUUAAUGAAGUGUAUUGAAAAGGUGAUGUCAUUGAACAGUAUUGUAACUGGCAAGAAUUCAAGUGCAUCUGUCCCUAGUGUGCCACAAAGUCCAAUAGGUGUGUUGGAAACCACAUUGUGCUUCAGCUACAAGAGUGAUGACACAACCAAUGGUGGUGAUGGUCCAUGUUCUUCUUCCCAUAAUAGUAGUCCAGAUGCUAAGAGGAGGAAGCUAAACAAAAGCUGUGGAUCAGAGCUUUUGUAG